AUGCCGUGUGUGAGUCUCAGUACCAACACGGUGCAGCUACUGUUGGAACAGAUAGACGUAGACAAGAGAAUGACACACAGCCUGGGCCACACUGUCCUCGUCACCUCCUCCACAGAGAUCAUGGAGGAGUUCGAGCGUGGGCGUGUGGGUAGCCUGAUGGGCGUGGAGGGCGGCCAUGGGCUAGCCAGCAGCAUGGGCGUGGUGAGAGCCUUGUAUGACUUAGGGGUGCGAUAUGUCACGCUUACCCACAAGUGCCACACACCCUGGGCGGAGUGUUCAGAGAAAGGUCUAUCUCCCCCUAACACGAGAGGACUCACUCCAUACGGCACG